CUCUCUCUCCUCUUUCUCUCUCUAAGAAACUUCCAGGAAGCUGGCUAUGGCUGCCUACAGUACUACUCUCCGUCCAUUUAACUCUCCAUUCUUCUUUCUUUCUUCCACCAAUUACUCCAUUUAAUUUUAUCUUUCUUUCUUCUCCAACGUGUUGGAUUUUCAGAUUUUUCGUUAAUUACACCAUGAAACUCACCAAGUUCAUCCCCGGAACCCUAUUCAAAUCGAAGAAGAAAUCCCGCUCCGUUUCCAGAUCGGAGGAAACGUCGUCGUUUGGCUCGCAGACGACGGCGUCUUCAUCCUCAACCGAAAACGGCGGCUUAUCCACUCCGACAAGCGUGCUCCCCUCCGCCGACGACCUGUGCUCGGAGCUGAAACAGGCGUUCGAAAUGAUCGACCGAGACGGCGACGGGAAGAUAAAGAAGGAGGAAUUGGAGGGGCUGCUCAGCCGGCUCGGAGCCGAGCCGCCAAGCCAGGAGGAACUGAAAUUGAUGGUGAGCGAGGUGGAUAGGGACGGCGACGGGUGCAUUAGCCUGGAGGAGUUCUACGCGAUCGGGUCGGCUUUCGCGCCGCCGACUUGCGACGGCGAGCUGAGGAGCACGUUUGACUUCUUUGACUCCGAUCGCGACGGGAAGAUAACGGCGGAGGAGCUGUUCAGAGUGUUCGAAACAAUCGGGGACGCGCGGUGCACGUUAGAGGAUUGCCGGCGCAUGAUAAAAGGUGUGGACAGAAACGGGGACGGGUUCGUGUGCUUCGAGGACUUCAGCCUUAUGAUGGACCAGCACUGCAGCACCACCAAAGAUAAGAUGAUUUAAUUAGUAUGAAAUUAUCAUAUAAUUAAGAUGAUGAUUCAGAUUUUAAUUAUGUACGUUUCAACUGUUGAUAUUGUGGAAUUUCAUUUGCUUUUGGUGCUCUCCACGUGGCAUUUGGCAAUCUGCUGUACCUUCCACGUGGCAGGUUACAAUCAACCUGGUCUAAUAGGUGUGCAUGGCUCUGUAUUAAAGUUUCAAAUUUAUGUAAUUAAUAUAUGUUUCCAUACAAAAUUAAUAAAUAUUUGUGAUUUUGAGUUCCACUUU